UUUCAUGCUUGAUGCGAUAUUUCAGAUCUGCAGAAACCCACAAGAGCCUUUGAAUUUCGUCUGAAGUGAAGUCCUUCAACGUCAAACAGCUGCGACCCUUUAAAUCCACACGGCUGUGCAAAGCAAACCCACUUCUGUGCAAGGUGAUAAAGAGUCCAUGUCAGUGGGUGAGCCACACUGUGUGUUCUCUUGUUUGUGGAGCAAAGAGGCGGGCCCUUCUUUAAGGGGGGAAAAGAAGGAAUGCGCUGGAAGUUUUCCUGCACACGUUUGAAGAGCGUCUUUUCCCGUCCUUGUCCUGUCCUGUCCCGCUUCUCACGGCAUGGACAUGUGGUCCACUCUGCUGAUCCUGUGCGGCGUUCACGUCUACUUCUGCUCUGCAUACGAAGGGUCAGGACAGCCCGCCCCCGGAGAUGAGGACUGGUAUUCUCAUGCAUUUAAAGGCACGGCGUGGUGCGCGCCAAUAAAGGUGAAACAUGGCGACGUGAGCUGCCGUACUCCCAGAGGGGAACAUUACAAGAACGUCAUGGGAACACGCUGUAAAAUCCGCUGCAAGCAAGGAUACGAGACGCCGAGCACGGAAGUGGUGUGCAUGGCCAGCAAACACUGGUCCUCCAAUUAUGCAUGUCGAGAGAUCCGCUGUCCCAAGAUGAGCAUGCCAGCUAAUGGCGGCUACAAGUGUUCGGACGGCUCCUACUACAGUUCCCGCUGUGAGUUUUUCUGCGCGGAAGGAUUCACUCUUAAGGGCUCCAAGACGGCCACCUGCCAGCACAACAAGGUGUGGAGCGCCACAGUCCCCACCUGUGUUGACGUUGAUCCUCCAAAAAUCAAGUGUCCUCAUGUGAAGGACAAGUGGGCCGAACCAGGCAAGCUCACAGCCAGGGUGAGGUGGGACACUCCAGAGGGUUUGGACACGGCCGAUGGCGUCCUAACAGAUGUGAUACUGAAAGGGAAACCACCAAAGUCUAAUUUCCCUGAGGGUCUUCACAAGAUGUCCUACACUGUGUUGGACCGUGCGGGAAACAUCGGGUCAUGUCGCUUCACUGUCCGAGUGAGAGUGCGACGCUGCAGUCCACUGUUCCCCCCCGAGAACGGCUACAUGAAGUGCGACAGCGACGGAGACAACUACGGCGCCACCUGCCAAUUCACCUGCAUGGGCGGCUCCGAUCUACAGGGCAGCGCUGCCAGGGUGUGCCAGUAUGGACUCACCUGGUCCGGAAUUGACACCACCUGUGCGCCCAUGAACAUUAACGUGGGGGUGCGGAGGGCGUCCGCCCUGCUGGACCAGUUCUACGAGAAGCGACGACUGCUCAUUAUCUCCGCCCCGACGGCUGCCAAUCAUAAUUACCGCUUCCAGAUGACCAAUCUACAGCACGCCCAGUGUGGACUGGACCUGCGUCACGUGACCGUCAUUGAGCUGGUGGGGAAUUACCCGGCUCAGAUUGGCCGCAUUCGACACAGACUUCUUCCCCCGAUGCUGUCCUUGCAGCUCAGGUUACAGCUCCAGAUUCCUCAGAGGUCCUUCCAGAUGGUCUUGGUAGACAAGCAGGGCACAGACAAACAACGCUACCCCUUCCCCAUCACGGCGGCCGAGCUCUUCACCACCAUUGACACGUUUCCUCUGCGUAAAGACGAGAUGGUUCUGCAGCAGGCGGCCGGACAGAACUGUCAAUCAUAACGGGCCCCUGUGGACUUGGCCCCUGGACUUGCAGCCAUCUUCGGUAAGACAACACACCCUCGUGCAGGAACUCACACAGUCUUCAAAGUGUGUGUGUGUGUGUGUGUGUGUGUGUGUGUGUGUGUGUGUGUCAAGUCACAUGUCACAACAAUCAUAUUGAUUCCUGUGUCUUGUCUUCUUCCUGUUUGUACUUUUUUUAAAUAAUUGUUUUUCAAAACAAAAGAAUGUUUUGUACAAAAAAGUAUUUUUACUGUACGGAGUGUACAAUUCUGCUAUUUAUGUCCCACCUCUGUAAUAAUAAUAUUAAUAAUAAUAAUGUAUUCUCACA